GGAAGACAUUCUAGAUGCGGCGAUCGAGAUGCUACCAGGUGAUGCCUUCGCCAUUGUUCUGUUGAUGGACCAUGAUCUGUACGAGGACGAGGAUGAUGACUUCUGUUGCGGGCGGGCGUACGGAGGUAGCCGAGUUGCGGUCGUCUCCACGGCAAGAUAUCACCCGGUGCUGGAUGAGUUCGCUGGCAUCGACUAUUCCCAUAUGUGGCCUGCUUCCCAUUGCAAGACGUAUGCAGAUGGCCUGUGUGCCGGGAAAGGCCUGAAGGUCACGACUAGUGGUUCCGGAGUUCCAUCAAGUUCUGCGUCGCCCCUGCGCAGGGCCAUUGAUGCAGCAAGUCGGACGAACCCUAAUUUGGCCGCGGAAGACCACAGAGCACUCUGGUUUUCCCGCCUUGCUCGAACUGUGGUCCACGAACUUGGACAUUGCUUGGGGAUGGGUCAUUGCACCUACUAUGCCUGUGUCAUGCAGGGCACCUCUGGAAUGGCCGAAGACGUCCGGCAGCCGCCGUAUCUCUGUCCGGUGCGUCUGGCUAAAAUCACACAUGCGGUUGCAGGGGAGUUGGGUUGUGGUAGCGACACGGAGAAGGCUCGGUACGUGAAGGCCAGGUAUGACGGUUUGGCCGACUUCUGCGGUCGCUGGCAGCAUGUCGGUAUGUUUGCAGGGUACGAGGCUUGGCUGCGUGCGAGGUUGGAAGACCUUAGCUCGAGUGAGAAGUGAAGGCGCGGUGCAGAGUGUUCGAGUUCUUUUCUGAUGGGUUGCCUCUGGGAGGUACCGCCACAUUGGGCUUUCGAGUGCAAUGCGACGAUCCCAAACACAGCUUCAUUGGAAACAGUAGAACCCAGAUGAAGUCACACAAGAGAAACGUCAGUGAUUGGUGUUCUGGCACCUGCUGGCAGUCUUAUCCGUUGAUGCAAGAAAAGCUUUGAUACUGGCAGAUCAGCUCGAGUAUAAAGAAUAUCGGAGACACAGCGGAGCCAUGU